UGUCACUGGAUGUGGUUUUCUGUACUGGCCCGGAUCUUCUUCACAACAAAAACAGUGUGGUAGCGAAAUUUGUUUGCAUGUUUUCCCAUGCAAUUCUGUUCAACACACUCAUCAGUAACAUGUUGCGCAAUAUGUUUCGUUUGGCGUACAACAAACAAAAGACGCUGUGUCGUUAUUACGCGAGAAAGGCCCGUAAUCCGGGGAUCGAUCGUCGCGCAGCACUGCUGCCGGAAGACGCAAAAGCAGCAGAGUACGAGAGCUUGGACGACAGUGAGGCAGAUUUCCACCAGGUGCACAAGAGCCACAAACAGUUUGAGGCCGAGCAGGCACAGUAUCGCGACCGGUUGCAGACGUGGAUCGUCGGAAACAAGUAUUUCAAAACCAAGCAGCUCAACUUCCUGACCUGGUCCGAAAAGGAGCAGAUCCGCUACCUGCACAGCUUCGAUCCGGAGGAGUGGAACAUUGACAAGCUGACGGAAAGCUUCCCGGCGGACCGGUACACCAUAGCGAAGAUCGUGAAAACCAAAUGGCAGCCGAAGGACAGCAAACGGAUGGAGCGGCACGAUACGGCGGUGAAGGAAAACUGGCAAAUGUUCCGCAGUGGUCGCAUUAAGAACAUUGAUCCUGGCUUUGCACAGCAUUUGCAAAAGUUCAUGCAGCGUAAUAUCGACGAGGUGGCCCACCUGCGACCGAAGCUGGAGUCGAAACCCCUGUACGAGAUUAGACCCUUGCCGGAGGGCGAAUUCAGUGCCAUUGUAACGAGCUGUAAAAAAUAUCAAUCGAAGGAGAACCACCACGAAUCCCAGCAGACACUGUUGGGGGAGGAAAGCGACCAGUCGGAGGAAGACGGGCAACCGCAGCUAUCUCACCACGCUCCCAAACAGGACACGUUUCUGCUGGGAGACGUGCACAACACACAGCACGUAACGCUGGCAGAAAUCAAAAGACGGGAACGUUUAACGCUCGCACACGUCGACAAGCCUGCGGAUGAUAGUGCAACGCUGGAAUUGGGCACAGGCAUUGUGGAUAGGUUGGCAAACAUUCACAGGAAGUAUGACACCGUCCAGUACGCCGACUCGGCGUACGAUGCGAGCGAUGCAAAGCGGGAAGAUAUUAAAGAGUUUAUAAAGAUUCCCAAGAAGCUGUACAAGGAGGGGGCCACGUACCAGUUGGAUGAUUGUUUUUACGACGACGAUGGGGAGUUCCUGUAUCGAGUGCCUGGUAUGUCGAAGAUAAGGAAGCAGUAAAUUGUUGUUGGGCAAUGAAAAUAGACCAUUUAAUGCAAAAGUUA